GGUUGCGGGGGGCCGGCGAGGCAAGCAAGUGCUGGAGCCAGGAGGCAGCAGCGGCAGCAGCAGCAACGCCUUAUCAUCAAAACACACACACGCACACCUCAUCCUCCUCUACACUCUUGCUUCACUUGUAUCCUCAGUCAUGGCCUCCAGGUUGGGAGUCGCUGUUGUCCGGCUGGCCGCCGCCUCCAAGCAAGCCGCAAAAGGCGCGGGGCGUGCAGGCAUGGCCACCACCCCCGCGGCACGUGCCCCCGUCAAGCAGUACUCGCCCGUGCCCAAGUACCUCCAGGAGAAGAUGAAGACUUUCCAGGUUCCCGACGGCCUGCCCGUGUAUAUCAAGGGCGGCCCGGUGGACAAGAUCCUCUACGCGCUGACGGGGGCAGUAUGCGCGGUGGGCCUCGUCGAAUGCGUCCACGUCUGGUACGUCCUAUCUUACCCCCCCGAGAAGAAGUAGACUACCAUCAAUACCGCCGCCAGUUUGCUCUUGGCACCACCACAACCACCGCCAGCACCACAACCACCACCACCAGUAUACCGCCGCCACCACCACAACCACCGUCAGUAUAUACUACCACCAACGGUACCAAGAUGAGGAGGCAUUGGUGUGUAAACGAAGAUGAUAUAUGACGACUGAAAGAUUGUAUAAUGACGUAGAAGCAUAUGUAAUUAGACUACUACUACUACUACUACUACUACCAGUGCUACUACUACUACUAUUACUACUACUACUACUACUACUACUACUACUACUACUACUACUAUUACUACUACUACUACUAAAGCAACAUUACCACCACCACCACCAAUAAUAAUAAUAAUAAUAAUAAUAUACUCCCUCGGUGCUGCAUACUGAAAAGCGCAAGUAUUUCAACAGCAAUCCAUAAAUAGCAUAUACGUGCGCGGCCUUCACUCUCACAACAACAACUCUCGCGGUACUGUUACGAGGCGAUGCAGGGCAGACUGGGCAGUAUUAUGUUUCUUUCUCGCCCUUGUGUCUGUGUGUGUGUGUGUGCGGGGAGGGGGGGGGGGGGGGGGGUGCUUGUGCCUGGUGAUGGUAAAGUCAGAUGUAAAUAUUUCAGACAGCAUUUAAGACUGUGCCUCGGGUUUGGAGGGCAGGGUCGAGCCAUUCUUCUGUCUUACGUGUACAACCAUGUCCCCUGUGAUGUGUAUGUGACAGACGGCUGGAACGGCAGGGUGAUCAUGGGCUCCCUGUGCAGAUAUAAAUAGCUCCUGUUAAAGAUA